GUAGGUUGUCUCACUGAAAGACACGGCUGUCUAGCAAGGAGAAGUUACCGUUGGUAUUGUUAAAAAGAUUUUUUAAACGCUAUUAUAGCUAUUUAUGUGCGCUCACAACAGAACGCAGACUCAUUUUUGAUGAAGGGAUUUUAAAAGGGGAUGAAAAGGUUCAAGAGAAAGAAACUAAGUGGGACGAAUCAUGUACCUGUCACGAGAGAUGUGGACUGUGGGAAGCAACAGAAGUUAGUUGAGAUUCACCAAGCGUUAAACAGUGAUCCAGUGGACAUUGAGACCUUGAGAAGGGCCACGACCACUAAAGGAGGACUGCUUACAAAUGAACUUCGCAGGAAAGUGUGGCCCAAACUGCUCAACAUCAAUGCCUACGAUUUGCCAUAUAAGCCUGGGAAAGAUGGAAGGGAGAACCACAAGGACUACAACCAGGUGGUGCUGGAUGUCAGCAGAUCUAUGAAGCGCUUUCCGAAAGGUAUGCCUCCUCCUGAGCGAGCCGUGCUUCAGGAACAGCUUGUGGACAUCAUCUUGGAGGUUUUGAGGUGUAACCCGCAGCUUAACUACUACCAGGGCUACCACGAUGUGGCUGUCACACUGCUGCUUGUUGUAGGGGAGCGUAUGGCCAUUGCUAUGUUGCACACCUUAUCCAAAUAUCAUCUCAGGGAUUUCAUGGAUCCAACAAUGGACAGCACCAAGCAUAUUUUAAACUACCUGAUGCCUUUAGUAGAAGAAGUGGACAAAGAACUGCACGAUUUCUUGAUCAGAGCUGAGGUGGGAACCAUCUUUGCCCUCUCCUGGCUCAUCACGUGGUAUGGACACGUCCUUUCUGAGUUCAAACACACACUCAGACUCUACGACUUCUUCUUGGCUUCACACCCAAUGAUGCCCAUCUACCUCGCUGCUACAAUCGUGUUGCACAGAGAGAAGGAAGUAAAGCAAACGGAAUGCGAUAUGGCCAUGGUGCACCACCUCCUCUCGCGAAUUCCCCAAGAUCUCCCGUAUGAACUCCUGAUUGGCCAGUCGCAAGACCUGUUUCAAUGUUACCCUCCCGCCUUGCUGGCUAAACGAGUAGCGAUGCACCCUCGGAAAAGCUUGUCUAUAAGUACCUUCAAGGCCUUUCAGCUCUCGACACUCCAACAGAGACCGGAUUCGGUUCUUCAGCGUCUCACCAAAGCUCAGACAUCUACUACUUCCAAACGAGCUCGCCAAUCCGGCCUGGACGUGGCUUUGCCUGAGGACGGAGGCCAGCGAUGGGGGAAGGGGAGCAGGAUGGUGAAGAUGGCGGUCUGGGGGCUGUCGGCCACGCUGGGGGCGGCCGUGUUCGCCGUGGCCCAGACGGCCAUGGAUUGGGUGCCUGAUGUAGUGCAGCAACUCUUCUGACGGGCUUCUUAGCCUUAAAUCAAUCUGUUACAUUCUUGAAAUAUAGCCACCAAACAAAAAACAUUUACCACUAUUACUAUUCAUUAGAAAAAGUUGCCUUUCCAAGGAACUCACGAGAAUAUAUAUAAAUAUAAAAGAUGAAAAAUGGAAUAUUAAUAAUACAGAUGAGUGAGUGUGUGUUAGCAAUGUAGCGAUUUCCCCCAGUAAUGUCAGCGCUGUGGGCCGAUGUCUUGGUCUCUGAAAUAUUCAUCAGCUUUUACCAGCAUGUGUCGGCUGGCUCAGUGAGCGCAAGUUGGCACAGCACGGGCAUGCCUUCCUCUAGUUCGACUAAUAGUUAGCUACAAAUGUGCUUGCAUUUUUUUUUUUUAUUUAUGGCAGUUUGGGCAUCUUCCUUUGCUAAGUGUUGAAGUCGAGUAAUUAACAAUCCUUUCAGUCUGUAACACCAUUACAUCGUUUGCUAAUUGGCCACCUUUUUCACAAUAGAAAACUUGCUGAAACUUUUAUUGUUAAUAGCUUUAAUUAGGCGCUCGAUAUAUCAGCACCUUUCAGGCCAGUUUUCUAUGUGUUGUCCGUAGUCUUUAUUGUUUUAAUUGCAUUGUCGGAGCCUUUUGUGUAAUAGCAAGGUUUUGCAAAAAUGAAAGCCAAAUCAAAAACAGGAAAAAAAACCUCAAACACAUUUGUUUUCACGAUGUGCCUAAAAUGUUUGAAAUUGCAAAGUUUGUACACACUCACCUCUAGUAUCAAAUGCAAAGGUGCUAUCCAAGUUUUGAACAUGCUUUAAAGCAAGUGUUUUAUCGAAGGAAAAAACUAAAGGCCUUUUCACAGUAGCCUUAGCCCAGUAUGAAGAGCGGUCCAGAGCAAGCGCAAAAUGGGAGGAGCCACGUAGCCUGACGUAGACGAUGUCAGGUAGUGAAAAGCUGGAAGCAUAUUUACUACAUACCUGUAAACCCGAGGCCGUUGGCAAUUUUACAAAUUGUGACGUAUGCACUUAGAAAUUGGUGACUAAUUUUACAACGUCGUAUAUAGCGUGCAAUAUGAAACAAAACUACAUUUUUAAAAUAAUAUAUUGGUAAUAUUGUAACAUAUAACCUGGCGCAAUCAAAUAACAAUAUCUCCAUCUACAUCAUGAUUCAUAAAAUUUAACAAUGACUUGUUAUAAUUGUAUGUAGCACUUUUGGCAAUUUCUAUCAUGUCUUUUGAUGGCUGCACUUCAUGGCACUUCAGCUCGCAAUUCAGUAUGACUUGAAGGUAGUUCGUUAGUGUGUCCAUUUGUAAAUUCAAAAGGUCAAUUGAUAAAAUUAACUUACCGAUGCAAUCUUUGAGUCAGGGAACAUUUCUUUUGCUAAUUCUGAGAAGUGAUCAGCAAUAGAUAAAGGCAAAUUGCAUUCGGCAACAAACUGGCAGAAUAAAAUCUCCGCUUUCUCCAAAUAAUUAAUUACAGUUCCAAAUUACUUCUUUCGAGUGUCCCAGAGCUUGUAAAAUUUAAAAAAGCGCAUUUAUCAAUGUUUGAAUUUGAAAAAAAGUCACAUCCAAACUGUAAAAAAUACACUCAAGGUACAUUUUUACCAUUUGAUACAGAAAAAUAAAAUGUAAUAAAAUCAGUAAAUAAUAACAAAUUAAAAUUGAUUAGAAACAUUCACUCAUGAGGACAAUAUGCCAAAAAAAUUUGACCGAAAAAACAAAACUGAAUAAAAGGAAAAAAAAAAGUGUCCCCUUGGACAGGACAGUUUUUAUUUUUGCUGCUCACAGUAUUUACCUCCUUUGCAAUGGUGUGGAGUUAUUUUGCAAUGAGCAUGCUAACGAUGCUCACUGGUUUACUGAUAUAACACUGACAAAGCAGGACGAUUGUUGGCAAUAUUCGGCACGUUUUCACCUGAAAAACAAUCAAGCGGCUUAUCAAUGAGUUUGGGGUCUAAUGUCUUUAAGUGGCGCCUUAAUUGAUUUGGCUUCUGGCUGUCCGCUAUAAUUAUUUUUAGACACAGUAAACAGUGGUCUUUCCUCAUCACACACGGUAUUAAAAGUCAAAGCUAAAAGGCAAACGGCACGAAAAAAGCGCAUUCUCGGCGGCCGAGGUAGAACCGUAGGUGAGAGCGGUCGUCGUCCAAGCCGAAAAUGGCACUUCUCGGGCGGCGACGUGAGAACCGGACAAGACAGUGGGUCACUGCGUGAGUGAGUCCGGUCGGAAAACGGCUUUCGAAAACGGCGGUGGCACACUGCUUUUCAUAUCUGUUUUCUGUGUGUGCUGAGUGCUCUUCCUUAGUUCAAAAAUACUGCGCGCACUCUGAAAAUGAGAGCGCCACUGCCACCUACUGAGUGGAUGUGCAAGUACACUUUAUUCCAGUACGGCAAAAAAAAGCACGUUCCCCGAGGUCACACGCGCCCCCCCGGCAUCGCUCUGGGGGGGCGCGCCCCACUAUUUGAGAAGUACUGCACUAGGCUGUCGCUAGUUUGAAACGGCCUUAAUAACUAUUAUUUAACUAUUUAUUAUUAUUGAGCUUUUCACUGUCUGUAUUCCAAAGUAAUGAUGUUAAGUUAUGAAUACCUUGCAAAGUUGAGUUGGUGCCCUUGCCCAAAGCGGUAAAUAAAUAAUUGAUGGUGUUGCAUGUUUUCUGUUGUCAACUUGUCACCAUAAGCCACUUUAUAAAAGUGAAAAAAGUCACCAUAAGCCAUCUUAUAAAAGUGAAAAAUUCAUCGCAAUGCUAAAUUUAAUGCAAAAACCAAAGCUUGCAUCUGUGAUUUGUUACAUUUGGAAUGAAAUGGUUUGUAAAUCCAGAUAUUGUCACAUACUUGUUGGUGCCCUAAAAGUCACUGAAUAAUUCUUGUCACAUUGACUCUCGUAACCUUACAGAUUUUAAAGCAUAUGUUUCUUUUUCCAUGUCAUCUUAGUUCAUGUAGAGGUGUGUGCGUGACCGUGCAUGUGUGUUUGCUUAUAGCACAUGGCCCUCACUGGGGACAACAGCUGCUCCAGGGGUCUGCCUGUUUACAUAUGUAUUAUUAUUAUUAUUUUUUUUUAGUCUCUCGUGACAAACUCACGCAACAAACUGUGCGGUCAAUAAGAGCACCUUGAAUUUACUAACUGUUGGGCUUUACACUAUUGUGCAAAGGACAAGUAGCGCAUGUAUUUCAGAGGAAUGUAAUAAUAUUUAUACAAACGCAUAGUGUGAAGUUAAUUUUUAUUCAAAUUAUGGGCUAAAAAAGCAAUGUGGUGAAGUUAAAAGAAUGUACAGUACAAUAGUUGGAUUUCAUGAGGAAAACAAUAUUUCAUAUCAGGAUACAAAUAUUUUUGGGGGUAUUUUUUUCACCUGUAUAAUGCACUGCAAUGAAAACAAUUGAUAUACCGUAUUGGCCCGAAUAUAAGACCAUGUUUUUUGCAUUGAAAUAAGACUGAAAAAGUGGGGGUCUACACAUUUUACCUAUUCAUGACGCUAGAUGGCACCAGAUAUCAUUGAAGCGAAUGCUGAACUUGAGGAGUAAUGUUCUGUCAUGACAGAUGUUAGCUACUCUCAAGUUUAACCAGGUUGAAUUAUUUUAUUGCAAUGUUUUUCCUUAUUCAGAUUUGUUUUAAGACAAUAGAUUGGUUUAUUUACAUUUCAAAAACCAGAAGCCAUUCAUUUAUGAAUGUGAUUGCACUUGAGUUUAAAUAUUUAAAUGUUCAGAUAUUAAGAUUCGAAUGAGGCAAAAUAACAUGCUUUUUCUCUCAAAUAUAUUGUUAUAAUCAUUUGUUUCAGAUGUACUGUAAGCAUUUUCUGUAUGAAAAUUAAUUUGAUGUUCAAAAAGUCUUUUUUCCAAACUUGAUUCUUGAAAAAGAGGAGGUCAUUUUAUAAUCUGGGCAGUCUUAUAUUUGGGCCAAUAUGGUAAUAUUUGAACUCAUGCAAUAAAAUUAUUAAUGAGAAUAUAGUGGAAUUUGUGAAAAAAGGUAAGACUUUGAAAUUAAAACAAAAUGAAAUCCAAUAGCAUUUGUGGAAACAGAAAUGCAGUUAAAUUACUAAAAUGCACUAGAAUUGAAAACUGACAUUUACAAACAGUAAUUUAGUCAAUUUAACAAGAAUAUAGCCGUUAAAAAUAUUUCAAUCAAAAAACAUGCAGAAAUACAAUUGGAUCACAACAAUCUGGCAGGUUUCUUGUUAAAAGGGAAAUUAUAAGAAUUUAAUGGGAUUUUAUAUGAAAUUAAAACCCUGAGAUAACGAAUGUUAUCCAGUGAAAUGACUUUGUGCAAAAACUAAUGCACUGCAAUUACAAAACCUUCGUAAAAUUUUAUCCAAUAACUUGUAGUGAAAUGACUGCCUGUAAAACACAUCCUGCGUUUGAGCCCUCAUGUCGUCCUCUCUUGCCUUACAAGCCCCCCCUUCCCCCUCUCAGCCUUUCACUCUGUCAUGGAUCAGAGAACAUGUCGCAAAGUGCUUCGCAGGCAACACGUGUGCUUUGCACUCCUGCAUACUGAUGCAUCAUCCUGCCUGUAAUCCCAGUGAGAAUUUAGUAGUAAAUUGUACAACACUUUUACUCAUCGGCUGCCAAAUGGAAUGGACGUAUAUCGUAUAUCUUUAGUGUAAAAAAAAAAAAAAAAAUUAUAUCAUGUAAAAUUCGACCUAAACCGUUGACAAUGUAAACACCAACAUCAGAAACUAUAACCUCAUUUGCACAAUGUGAUGUCAUAUUAAUGGCAACCCAGUCUCAUUUGAAUUAAACACUUUUUUUUUAGCAACACACAUCCCACAAGUGGAAGAAAGGAAAUUAUCAAGGCGCAAAUUAAGACAUCAACACCAGCCUUCCAAAAAAAGACGCUCCUUUAAUUGGUGUUCAAAGCUGUCGAGGCAUUCUCGCGAGUCUCGGCCCAAAUUAGCCUAAAACUCUUUGGAACAUCUGUGCAGCAGGUGUAAUUUUUGCAAGUGAAACUUUUCAAUUUCAACCUUUUCAAUGUCGGAAGUGUCUUUUUCUGAAUCUAUGAUAACCCUUGGGCCUCAUUAGGCUGAAAGCAGGGCCUGGUCAUACAUUUCUAUGAAUACCUUUACAGUAUUUCUACUUAUGCGUAUUUUUUGUCCACCCGCUGGGUCCAAUCUCACCCAGGACAUCAACUUUUAUCUAUCAAUCCCAGGGGAGUUUGUAAGCGCUUCAAUAUGACCAUUAUUGUUAUUAUAUACUCGUAUAUUAUUAUUAUUAUUGUUGUUAUACAGUGGCAAUUAGAAGAAAUUUUACCAAAAAAAUUUAAGUCAGGUGUGUGCCCAAUCACUGGUGAUUGGUUUAAAGCUGCCCUGCCCACUAUAAAACACACACGGUAAGAAUUGUCUUGACGAGAAGCAUUGUCUGAUGUGCAUCAUGGCUCGGUUAAAAGAGCUGCUUAAAGGCCUGCGAUCAAGGAUUGUUGAUUUGUAUAAAGCUGGGAAAGGAUACAAAACCAUCUCUAAAAGUCUGGAUGUUCAUCAAUCGACAGUCAGAGAAGUUUGGCACUGUUGCUUCUCUCCCAAGUCCACCAAAGAUGACGCCAAGAGUUCACCGCAGAAUACUCAGAUAGGUAAAAAACAACCCUAGAGUGUCUGCUAAAGACUUACAGAAGUCUCUGGCACAGUCCAAUAUGUCUGUGCACACAUAAACUAUAAGUAAAGAAAUGGCCAAGACUGGUGUUCAUGGGAGGACUCCAAGGAGGAAGCCACUGCUGUCUAAAAAUAACAUUUUUGCUCAUUAAAUGUUCGCAAAAAAGGGACUGAACACUCCACAGAAGUUGUGGCAAAAUAUUUUGUAGACUGAUGAAACCAAAGUUGAAUUGUUUGGGAGUUACCCACAACGUCACGUGUGGAGGAAAAAGCAUUGUGGAGGGAGCAUAAUGAUUUGGGGCUGUUUUGCUGCCUCAAGGCCUGGACAACUUGUAAUCAUUGAAUUCAAAAGUUUAUCAGGAUGUUUUACAGAAAAACCUGAGGCCGUCUGUCAGACAGUUGAAGCUAAAAAGAAGGUGGAUGCUGCAAGAAGACAAUGAGCCAAAACACAGAAGUAAAUCAACUUCAGAAUGGUUUUAGAAGAACAAAAUACACGUUCUGGAGUGACCAAGUCAAAGUCCAUACUUGAACCCCAUUGAGAUGCUGUGGCAUGGCCUAAAGACAGUAAUUCAUGCCAGACAUCCCAGAAAUCUGACUGAACUACAGCAGUUUUGUAGAGAACAAUGGGCCAAGACUAGUCCUGAUCAAUGUGCCAGACUGGUCUGCAGCUACAGGAAGCGUCUGGUUGAAGUUAUUGCUUCCAAAGGGGGGGCACAAAGUAUUAAAUGUGAUGGUUCACUUAUUUUCCCCCCGUCUGUCAUUGUUUGCAUACUAUCAUUACAAUAUGAAAACUUAUAAAUGUUUGGGAGGUUUUAGUUAAAGCAGACACUUUUUUCAUCUGUGUGAUUUUGACAAAGAUCAGAUCACAUUUGAUGGAGAUUCCAAAAGGUUCAGAUACUUUUUCAUACCACUGUACCAUAAUUCUUUCCUACACGACUCGUAUGUCAAAACAAUUCCUUAAAAAGCCAAACCGAUCUGUUCCCAUAUUUAUUUCCGAUACCGUCUGAUUUCACACUCUAUUAAAGUUUCCCCACAUCAUCAUGAAGUCCUGUUAAUCCUUUCAGCCUUGCUGUCAUCUGCCGACCGUUAAUACGCCGACGAAGCCAGUUGCAGAUGGCUACUUCAUUUUUUUUAAAGCUGCAACCGGACCCGUCCGUGUCAUACUUUUUUCUUACACCACCGUGAACACAUCAAUCUGUCUUAAGUUGCACGGGCUCUGGCUCACGUCCUUCAUCUGAAAACGCCUCGCAGAAAAAAAAUGUGCAGUUGUAAAAUGUCAACAAGCGUUCAUUCGCGUGUGCAUGUGUAUUUGCAUGUGUGUAAGAAAUGGGAAUUUGUGGGUAAAUGUCAAGAAGUUGGCAGUCUUAACAGCCCGGCUCUGACAAAUGAUCCAUAAAGGCACAAAGUGAUAGGGCGGGAGAUUGUCAUUCAUUCUAAUGCAACUGUCUCUGUGACACAGUGCGCUGCAGUUACACGCCUGCGGUUUAAUUACAACCAGAAUAGACUCGCUGCUCGCAUAUACGUUUGUCACUUUGUCUGUUAUCGUGAGGAUU